AGAGUAGAGCAGGUGGUUUUUAACGAAAUUUAUAACGAUAAAACGACAAAGCGUGAUUCAUCAAGCGGAUAGCACGAAGCAAGGGACAAAAUUGCUGAAAGACAAGCAAAAGUAUGGCACCUAUAUACGCAAUGGGUAUCGAUCUCGGUACCACCUACUCGUGCGUAGGAGUUUUUCAAAAUGGCAAAGUCGAAAUUAUUGCUAAUGACCAUGGUCUACGGACCACUCCCUCAGUCGUUGCUUUUACAGAAACAGAGCGCUUUAUUGGAGAUCCAGCUAAGUCGCAAGCGUCAAUUAAUCCAAGAAAUACCGUAUUUGACGCUAAGAGACUAAUUGGGCGUCGCUUCGAUAGCAAAGAGGUUCAGGAAGAUAUUAAGCAUUGGCCAUUCGAAGUUAUCAAUGAAAACGAUAAACCUAAGAUACAGGUAACCUUCAAAAAUAAACUCAGAACAUUUGCUCCUGAGGAGAUUUCUGCGAUGGUGCUAAGUAAAAUGAAGGAAAUCGCUGAGACUUACCUUGGUGUAAAGGUGGUCCAUGCCGUUAUAACCGUACCAGCUUAUUUCAACGACUCCCAAAGGCAGGCAACAAAGGAUGCGGGCUCGAUUGCUGGAUUAAAUGUUUUACGCAUCAUUAAUGAGCCAACCGCUGCCGCAAUUGCAUAUGGAUUGGACAAGAAGCUCAAAGGGGAUCAGAAUGUUCUUAUUUUUGAUUUAGGAGGAGGAACGUUCGACGUAUCAAUCUUAUCUGUUGGCGAUGGGUCUAUGUUCGAGGUCAAAGCUACUUCGGGAAACACGCAUCUUGGAGGAGAAGACUUCGACAACCGAAUGGUUAAGUUUUUUAUAGAUGAUUUCAAGUUAAAAACAAAGAAAGACUUGUCAACAAACCCCCGAGCUAUGAAACGGCUUCGAACAGCAUGCGAGGCAGCGAAAAGAGCAUUGAGCUCGUGCACCGAAACAACAAUAGAUCUCGAUGCACUUCAUGAAGGAAUUGACCUGUUUGCUAGAAUUACGCGAGCACGCUUUGAAACGCUUUGUCUAGAUUUGUUCAAAGCCACUUUAGAACCAGUAGAAAGAGCAUUGCGCGAUGCGAAAUUACAGAAAAAGGAUAUUCACGAAAUUGUAAUGGUCGGUGGGUCUACUCGAAUUCCGAAAGUUCAGUCGUUGCUGAAAGAGUUCUUCGAUAACCGUGAAUUGGAUAUGUCGAUUAAUCCUGACGAGGCGGUAGCGUACGGCGCUGCGGUGCAGGCCGCUAUCCUUUCUGGGCAAAAGGACCGCGCAAUUAAUGAUGUUCUUCUUGUAGACGUCACGCCUUUGUCACUAGGUAUUGAAACUGCUGGCGGAAUAAUGGGCGUAAUCCUUCCACGCAAUACGAGCAUACCCUGCAAAAUUACAGAAUGCUUUUCCACAUACGAGGACAAUCAAACAGGUGUGACCGUCAUGGUCUACGAGGGUGAGCGCGCUCUGACCAAAGAAAACCAUUUGUUAGGUUGCUUCAACCUGAAAGGCAUUCCACCUGCUCCACGAGGUGUUCCCAAAAUUUCCGUUUGCUUUGAAGUGGAUGCUAAUGGCAUCCUUCAGGUGUCCGCCUACGAUGCCUCAUCCGGGAAGAAAGCGUCGAUUCGCAUUACCAACGACAAAGGCCGCUUAACAAAGGAGGAGAUUGACAGGAUGCUGAAGGAAGCCGAUAUGUUCAAGGAAGAGGACGGUAAAAUCAGAGCGCGCAUGGAAUCACGUCAUCGGCUCGAAACCUACGUUUACGCUGCCCGUGACGCCAUAAACGAUAGCGGAAAUAAACUGACUUCUGAGGAAAAGGAAAAAGCGAACGAUAAAAUUCAAGAAAUGGUCGCUUGGCUCGAGAAAAAUUCAAAUGCGCCAAAAGAUGAACUUGAGGAGAAGUUUGCCGGCCUAGAGGGUUUGUGCAAACCACUUAUGAUUAAAAUGCACAGCCGCGGGGGCUUCGACCCACCUAUUUCGGAAAACUCGUAAUAGUAAAUGCUACAAAUUCUCUUUGAAUAACAAAUUAAAAUAAAACAUAUGGCGCGAAAUUGGGUAACGUGAAUAUAAAUUGGCUCCACAGACCAUCAAGAAGAGCGUCAAUAAAGUUCAUGAAUUUCUUAAUUACUUAGA